AUGGCUCUCAAGAGGGCUUGUUGCCUCCUUUGGGCUAUAUCAAUAGCCAUCCUAACAAUUCUAGGGCGCACAAAGGCCCACAAACCUAUCAACAUGAACGUGAUCGACCGGUGCUGGCGGACGAACCCCAGCUGGCGGCGCAAUCGCCACCAGCUGGCGACCUGCUCGGUCGGGUACUCUGGGAAGAUGACAAACAACAUUGGCCGAGCCGUGACAAAUUACAAGGUCACGGACCCGAGCGACGACCCGUUGAACCCGAGGCCCGGGACAUUGAGACACGCGAUGACAAGCGUUAGGGGAAAAGUUUGGGUCACGUUCGCUCGGGACAUGAGCAUCAAACUCGCUAGGCCCCUUCUCGUCAGUAGCUACACCACAUUGGAUGGUAGAGGGGUCGACGUGCACAUCGCGCACGGGGCUUGCCUAUACCUUCAACGGGAUGGGCUUAUUGACGUCACGCGGGGGUCCACGGGAAUCACGAUCUCGAACAACCGGUUCAAGCUCCAGAACAAGGUCAUGCUAUUGGGCCACGACGAUGGGUUCAGACGGGACAAGAGCAUGCGGGUCACGGUCGCAUUCAACCAUUUCGGCCCGCAUUGCCAACAAAGAAUGCCAAGGCUUCGAUUUGGAUAUGCCCAUGUUGUCAACAAUCUAUACCUCGGAUGGGGACAAUAUGCCCUCGGAGGGAGCAUGAACCCUGGCAUCAAGAGCCAAGCAAACCUCUUCAUUGCACCACAAGGAGACAAUAAAGAGAUCACAUGGGAUAGCAGUGCAAACGGCAGGUUCAAAUCUAUAAACGACGUGCUUGAAAAUGGGGCCUCGUUUAAGGAGUCGGCUGAUAAGGGUUUGACGAUGCGGCCAAACUACCGACCGGACCAAAAUUUCGAAGUGGCCGACGGGAGAAUGGUUAGGGCCUUGACGAGUUCUGCUGGUGCUUUGAUAUGUCCAAGGAUAUCAACUUGUUAA